AUGGAGGACGACUGGGAUCUACAGGCGGUGGUCAGAGGCUGCACCGCUACGCCCUCCGCCGUCGCAUCCUCCUUCCCCACCGCCGGAAACCCAAUUCCUGGCGGCCACCUCCUCGGCGGCGGCAGCACCGCCCACCAAGACUGCACCUUUCCGUCCCCGGCAGGCUUUCGGCUCCAAGAUCUGUUCUCACCGCCUUGGAAGGCGGCCCCGGCCGACCAGGAGCUGCAUGAGCUGUACAAGCCUUUUAUUUUCAAGCCCCCCGAGUCUUCGCAAAUUGCGAUUUCGCCCCAUGGCCUGCCGAUUAACUCGCCGCUCUCUGUUCUCGGCGGCUUGCCAGAUCUAGCGCAAGAGCAGCCACCGCCGGCGAAACAGACACCUCAGCCGGUGCAGGUUAGCCAGAGGCAGCAGCCCUUUUGUUUUGGUAACGGCCCGAAAAGCGCAGUUGUACAUAAUCCCAGCCCGAGGUCCAAAAAAAGGAAAAAUCAUAUGAAGAGGGUUUGCCAUGUAGCUGCGGAGAAUUUAUCCUCUGAUGUGUGGUCUUGGAGAAAAUAUGGGCAAAAACCCAUCAAGGGCUCUCCAUAUCCUAGGGGUUAUUACAGAUGCAGCACUUCCAAAGGGUGUUUAGCUAGGAAGCAAGUGGAGCGAAACAGAUCCGACCCGGGAAUGUUCAUAGUCACCUACACGGCGGAGCACAACCACCCAAUGCCCACUCACCGGAACUCGCUCGCCGGAAGUACCCGCCAGAAGCCUGCAGAGGCUACCAGCCCCGACGACUCCGCCGCCAAGGCGGCACCCACCACGCCGGAGACUUCGCCGGCGCCGAGUAACUCCAUCGCCGCGCCGGAAAAGGUGGAGAGCAGCCGGGAGGACCCGCCGGAGGAUGACGAUGACGAUUUCAUCAUCUCGAAAAUGGAGCUCGAAGACGAUUUUUUCGCGGGUUUGGAGGAUUUCACGGCCGGCGAGUGCACAUCCGGUCUUUUUCCGGUGGGCGUUGAGCUUCCCUGGCUUGCGAGUAGCGCGACCUCCAUUGCCGGAGGCGGUUGA